GGAACUCGGCAUGUGCAACUCUACUUUAUCACCACAAUGAGGGGCUUAAUAUUAGCCCUGGUUUUAACCCUAGUGGGGUGCCAGCAUCUUAAUUACCAAACUGAUUUUGUUGAAAAUAAUGUUUAUACAUACAAACAUGAAAGCAUACUUCUCAGUGGAAUUCCAGAGAAAGGACUUGCAAAAGCUGGAAUAAGGAUAAGAAGUAGAGUGGAAAUUAGCGGUAUUGGAUCAAAACUUUGUCUUAUUAGGAUUCACUCAAUUGAGGCAGCAGAGUACAAUGGCAUCUGGCCUACAAGCUCAUUCUAUAGAUCACUCAAACUGACUCAGGCACUAACUGGACUACUUAGUAAUCCCAUCAAGUUUGAGUAUAGCAAUGGCCACAUUGGAAACCUUAUGGCUCCUGAUUCUGUCUCAGAUGAUGGCCUGAACAUCUACAGGGGGAUUCUCAGUAUGUUCGAGCUCAGUAUGAAGAAGAUGCAGCAUUCUUACAGUUUACAGGAGGCUGGGAUCGGAGGUAUUUGUAACACAACAUAUGCAGUUCAAGAAAACAAGAAAGCAAACCUACUCUAUGUGACCAAAUCCAAGGACCUGAACAGUUGUGAAGAGAAAGUCCAAGUGGUCACAGGUUCAGCAUAUACUCAGCCAUGCCAGACCUGUCAGCAGAGAAACAAGAAUUCCCGGGCAACUGCUACUUAUAAUUACAAAAUUAAAUACUCUCGUAAUGAGGCUGUAAUCACACAAGUUGAUGUCGAGGAAAUCCACCAGUUUGCACUUUUCCAUGAGAUAACAGGAGGAAAUGCUGUGGUAGAAGCAAGGCAGACACUUGCAUUGAUUGAUGUGCAAAAGCAAGUGGCAGAAGUUCCACCAAAGGAAUUCCAAAUACGUGGAUCACUCCUGUACCAGUUUGGCAGUGAAAUGCUCCAGCUUCCUGUCCACUUAUUCAAAAUAAAAGAUGUGGAAAGCCAGAUAGAGGAAAGCCUGCAAGACUUAGUAGAGACCACAUAUGAACAGCUUCCCAGUGAUGCACCAGCAAAAGCCCUCAAGCUUUUACACCUCUUCCGUGCUGCAAAUGAGGAGAAUUAUGAGUCAAUAUGGAAACUGUGCUCAAGUCGGCCAGCAUACAGGCGCUACUUUUUGGAUUUACUUCCUGCAGCAGCCAGUCACCGUUCACUGAGAUUCUUGAGGCAUAAAAUGGAAAGGCAAGAGCUCACCAACUGGGAAAUGGCUCAGGCAGUGCUUGUGGCUCUCCACUCUAGCUCACCAACUCAAGACGUGAUGGAAGAAGCUACACUCAUUGUGAAAAAACAUUGUCCACGCUCAAGUAGUGUACUUGGAAAGGUUUGCCAUCUCAGCUAUGCAUCACUGUGCCACAAACAGUGCUCUUCAUCAGACUCCUGCUCUGAAUGUCUCCAGCUACUCCAUGGCUUUGCAGGAGAGGCACUGAGCAAAUCUAACACAGAAGAAAUCUUGCUGGCCUUGAAAGCCCUUGGAAAUGUAGGACAUCCAGCCAGCAUUAAGCACAUCAAGAAAUGUUUGCCUGGUUACGCAGCUGGUGCUUCAGAUCUGCCCCUCAAGGUCCAUGCAACUGCUGUGAUGGCCCUGAAAAGCAUAGGCAUGAGAGACCCAAAAAUGGUCCAGGCUAUUACCCUUGAGAUUUUGCUGAAUCACAAAAUCCAUCCUCGGAUCCGAAUGUUAGCUGCGGUGGUUUUGCUUGAAACUAAGCCAGGUCUUCCAAUCGUGAUGACAUUAGCUGAUGCUGUGCAGAAGGAACCUAGCAUGCAAGUGGCAAGUUUCAUUUACUCUCACAUGAGGGCCCUGGGCAGAAGCACAGCUCCAGAUCUUCAAAUGAUGGCUUCUGCCUGCAGAAUGGCUGUCAGAGCAUUAAGUCCUAAAUUUGACAGAUCUGGUUUCCAGUUCAGCAAAGUUUUCCGCUUCAGUAUGUUUAAAGAGAACCUUAUGAGUGGCUUGGCAGCUAAAUAUUUGGUACUGAAUAAUGCAGGAAGCUUAAUUCCAACAAUGGCAGUGUCCCAGCUGAGGACACAUUUCCUUGGAAGAGUUGCUGAUCCCAUUGAGGUGGGAAUAGCAGUUGAAGGACUUCAGGAGAUGUUUGCUAGAGGUUACUCUCCUGACAAGGACUGGGAGACUAACUAUGACUUCAAGGAAAUCCUAAAAAAGCUGUCAGACUGGAAGGCACUCCCUCAUGACAAACCUUUUGCAUCAGGUUACUUGAAGAUGUUUGGCCAAGAGUUGAUCUUUGGAGGACUUGAUAAAAACACCAUCCAAAAUGUACUGCAGGCAUGGUAUGGACCUGAUGAAAAAAUCCCUUCAAUAAGGAGGUUAAUCAGUAGCCUUCAAAGUGGCAUAGGAAGGCAAUUGACCAAGGCUUUACUGUCCUCUGAGAUUCGUCGUAUUGUGCCUACCUGUGUUGGGUUCCCAAUGGAGACCAGCUUCUAUUACUCUUCUGUCACAAAAGCAGCAGGAAAUGUUCAAGUGCAAAUUACACCUUCUCCAAGAUCUGAUUUCAGAUUGACAGAGUUACUAAAUUCCAACAUUAGGCUGCGAUCCAAAAUGAGUCUGAGCAUGGCUAAACAUAUGACCUUUGUAGUUGGGAUCAACACAAACUUGAUUCAGGCAGGGUUGGAAGCACACACCAAAGUAAAUGCUCAUGUACCUGUGAAUGUUGUUGCCACUAUUCAAAUGAAGGAAAAAAGUAUCAAAGCUGAAAUUCCGCCAUGCAAAGAAGAGACUAAUGUAAUUACUGUAAGCUCUAAGACAUUUGCUGUUACACGAAAUAUUGAAGACUUGGCUGCUAGUAAAAUGACUCCAGUUCUUCUACCUGAAGCAGUGCCUGACAUAAUGAAGAUGUCCUUUGACUCGGAUUCUGCAUCAGGCGAGACUGAUAACAUCAGGGACAGACAGUCUGUAGAAGAUGUUUCAUCGGAAAAUUCCUUCUCCUUUGGACAUUCUUCUUCCUGGAAGGAGCCAUUUGUUCAGUCCAUGUGCUCUAAUGCAAGUACAUUUGGGGUUCAAGUGUGCAUUGAGAAGAAAAGUGUACAUGCAGCAUUUAUCAAAAAUGUGCCUCUUUAUUACUUUAUUGGAGAACAUGACCUUAGAAUGAGCUUCAAGCCAGUCUACACAGAUGUACCUAUUGAAAAAAUACAAGUCACAAUUCAGGCAGGAGAUCAAGCUCCUACAAAAAUGGUACGUUUGGUAACAUUUGAAGAUCCAGAGGCACAAGCAUCUUCCAGCAAAGGAGCAAUCAAAAGAGUGAAAAAAAUCCUUGAUGACAGUGAUAACCAGGCAACAAGAAAUUCCAGAAGCUCCUCAUCCAGUGCCAGCAGCAUCAGUGAGAGCGCUGAGAGUACAACGAACUCCCCCUCCAGCAGUGACUCUGACAACAGAGCAUCGCAAGGAGGCACUCAAAUUAAUCUGAAGUCAAGGCGAUCCAAAACCAAAGAAAAGAAAUUCUACCCAUUUGGGGACAGCAGUAGAAGUAGUAGUAGCAGCAGCAGCAGUAGUAGCAGCAGCAGCAGUAGCAGUGAUAGUAGCAGUAGUAGCAGCAGCAGCAGCAGCAGUGAUAGUAGCAGUAGUAGCAGCAGCAGCAGUAGUAGCAGUAGCCGCAGCAGUAGUAGUAGCAGCAAAAGCAGUAGUAGCAGCAGCAGCAAGAGCAAAAGCAGUAGCAGCAGUAGCAAAACCAAUAGUGGUAGCAGCAGUAGCAACAGCAAAGGCAGCAGCAGUAGUAGUAGCAAAAGCAAUAGCAAGGGCAGUAGCAGCAGUAGUAGCAAAGCAUCUGGUACAAGGCAGAAGGCUAAGCAGCAGUCCAAGACCACAUCAUUUCCACAUGCCAGCGCAGCUGAAGGAGAGAGAAGUGUCCAUGAGCAGAAACAAAAAACACAGAGUAGCAGCAGUAGCAGCAGAAGAGCCAGCAGCAACAGCAGGAGCACCAGCGGUAGCACCAGCAGCAGCAGUGAAAGCUCUGGUGUUUCCCAUCGCCAGUGGAAACAGGACAGACAAGCUGAGACUAAACGUGUCAAGUCCCCAUUUAACAGUCACAGUAGUUACGACAUUUCUAAUGAAUGGGAAACAUACCUGCCAAAAGUAUACCGGCUCCACUUCAGGUCUGAUCACACCCAUUGGCAUUCAGGCCACAGGACUUCAAGCAGCUCAUCGUCAUCUUCCUCUGAGUCUGGAAGCAGCCACAGCAACAGCAGCAGCAGUGACAGCAGCAGCAGGAAAAGCCACACGAGCAGUUCCAGUAGCAGUAGCAGCAGUCACCAUCAUGUGGAAAAGGGUGCCCACAGCUCAAAGAGAAGCCCCACAAGCAGAGGAGCCAGCACUCACCACAGACAUGGAUCCAGCCUGACGCAUGAGCGCAACUUCCUGGGAGACGUAAUUCCACCUGGCAUUACGAUUGUGGCACAGGCAGUAAGAAGUGACAACAAAAAUCAAGGUUAUCAAGCUACAGCAUAUGUUCGUUCCGAUGCUGCCAAAGUUGAUGUGCAACUAGUUGUGGUUCAGCUGGCUGAAACCAAUUGGAAAGCAUGUGCUGAUGCUGUAAUACUGCCUCUGAAAGCACAGGCUAGAAUGAAAUGGGGCAAGGAGUGCCGAGACUACAGGAUAGCAGCCUUGGCUACCACAGGCCAACUGGCAAGGAAGCCAGCCGUGCAGCUGAAGGUGCAAUGGGGAAAUGUUCCUUCCUGGAUAAAAAAGACAAGCACAGCAUUUAUGCAGUACAUUCCUGGUGCGGCACUUGUGUUGGGCUUCUCAGAGGCACAUCAGAGAAACCCAUCUCGUGAACUUAUUGUACGGGCAGCUGCAACAUCUCCACGAACAAUCGAUACAGUAAUUAAAGCUCCUGGGGUAACGCUUUACUAUCAGGGACUCCGCGUGCCAUUCACUUUGCCCUUAGGGCCAUCAUCUUCAUCAUAUGAGACUAGAGAUAUCACUGCCUGGAAUUUCCUUCCUGAAAUAGCUUCACAAAUAGCACAAGAAGAUCAAUCCACAUGUGAAGUCAGCAAGGGAGAUUUCAAAACAUUCGAUCGCAUGAGCUUCUCAUGUUCUUUCAAUAAAAGCUGCAAUGUGAUAGUGGCCCAAGAUUGUACUGAACAUCCAAAAUUCAUCAUUACUGCAAGAAAAGUUGAUCACCAGUCUUUGUCAAGAGAGAUUCACAUAAAUACAAGUUCAGCGAACAUCACAAUCUGUCCUGCAGCAGAUUCAUCUCUGCUCGUGACAUGCAAUAAAGAAUCAGUACUAUCAGACAGUGGAGUUUCUGAGUAUGAAAAAGACAAUAUUAAAAUUUAUAAGAAUGGAACAACAGUUAUUGUGGAAGCUCCAACACAUGGUCUGAAGAAUGUGAAGUUUGAUGGUGAGAUCCUUAAGGUUACUGUUGCUUCAUGGAUGAGAGGAAAGACCUGUGGAGUCUGUGGAAAUAAUGACAGAGAAAAGCACAAUGAACUCCUAAUGCCAAAUCAUAAGCUGGCACACAGCUGUUCUGCUUUUGUUCAUUCAUGGGUACUGCUAGAAGAAACCUGCUCUGGUGGGUGCAAACUGCAGCGCAGUUAUGUGAAGCUGAAUCGAAAUCCUACUAUUGAUGGAGAGGAAUCUACAUGCUACUCUGUUGACCCGGUACUGAAAUGUAUGAAAGACUGUACUCCAACUGAAAAAACUUCCGUUAAGGUUGGCUUCCACUGUUUCCCAAAAAAUACUGCUGUAAGCCUGCUGGAAUGGCAGAGAAGCAGCGAUAAGAAAUCUGCAUCUGAGGAUGUUGUGGAGUCUGUGGAUGCUGACAUUGAUUGUACCUGCACUGGUGACUGCAGUUAAGCAAAAUUCUUUAGUGUUGUGCUAUAGACAUAUUACAGAAAUAAUUGAAUAGCUGGACAGAUAAGAAGGAAUGUGAUAGCUGUAAUAAAAUAUUAAGAAAUGUGCUUGAAGAAAGUAAGCUUUCUCUAUUGCAUCCAAAGUCAAAUGCAUUAUGUACAGUCUGCACAGCUUAAUAAAUAUGUUGUUCAUUAAAUAAGUA